AUGGGAGUCAACAAACUGCAGUGUGUAUUCGUUCUCGGGGCCGACAAAAAGCAGUCCGGCUGAUGUGAUAUGAUGACUUAGCUCGCUGCGUUACAGGUGACUGGAGACCGCCGGGAGCGUCGAGGAGCCGCGGGGGCGCAGCAGACGGAACCCCGAAAGAACAGGGAGUGCGCGCUGAAGAAGUGAGCUGGCGGUGAAUCCCCCCCAAACCUGUGCGUGUGCGUGUGCGAGACCAGCAGCACUUCGCCUGAAUGACGGCAUAUGAGACAAUGAAGCAACUGGGGACCGCGGGGAUAAAACCAGUCCAAGUCACGCGAGUGGAAAUGCGCGUGCGAUGACGGACGGCGCAGGGGGGACAGAGGCGAGGUAAAGCAGAAGAAAGUUGUCUAGCUCAUUAGUAGGGCUCCCGGUGCCGGACGAGAACAAACACACAAAAAAAGACGGGACAAAUGUGCCAACCGUGCGUAAUUCUAUAGACAAAUCAACGGGAAGCAGCCGACUUUAUCUUUCACAAGACGAGACUUGAGCCAGGGAGGAGAAAAACCAUGGAGCCGGAUGGGACCACGGAGGGACAGGGCGCCGAUGUGGCGCAGUCCGCCGCCUCCAAACUGUCCCAGAUGAGCGAAAGAACUAAACAACUGGGCAACGCGAUGCAAAACCCGGAGCGACAGAAACGGAUAAUUCUAGUAAUAGUCUGCACUGCACUUUUGUUGGACAACAUGCUUUACAUGGUCAUCGUGCCAAUUAUACCCGACUACCUUGAGCGGCUGCAGAACGCGGCGGAUCGAGCCGAAGAAACCCAACUGCACACCAACUCCACAAACGGCACCAUGCACAGAGCCGCCAAGGGGAACUUCGACCUGCAGAUAGGCGUCCUGUUCGCCUCCAAGGCCAUCCUGCAGCUGCUGGUGAACCCGCUGAGCGGCACGUUCAUCGACCGGAUCGGCUACGACAUCCCGCUGUUCAUCGGGCUCAACGUCAUGUUCCUCUCCACCCUCACGUUCGCCUUCGCCGACAACUACGCGACGAUGUUCCUGGCGCGCAGCAUGCAGGGCCUCGGCUCGGCUUUCGCGGACACCUCGGGGAUCGCGCUGAUCGCGGACAAGUACAAAGAGGAGAAGGAGAGGAGCAAGGCGCUGGGCAUCGCGCUGGCGUUCAUCUCUUUCGGAAGUCUCGUGGCUCCCCCCUUCGGGGGGGUGCUCUACGAGUUCGCCGGCAAGCGGGUGCCCUUUCUGAUCCUGGCCUGCAUCUGUCUCGUGGACGGCGUGUUGUGCCUCGUUGUGCUGAAACCCUUUUCCAACCGAGAGAGGGAAAACAUGCCAGUGGGCACCCCCAUGUAUAAACUGAUGAUUGACCCUUACAUAGCCGUGGUGGCCGGUGCUCUGACUAUUUGCAACAUCCCCCUCGCCUUCCUCGAGCCCACUAUCGCCAACUGGAUGGAGAGCACCAUGCAUGCCAGCCAGUGGCAGAUCGGCAUGACAUGGCUCCCCGCGUUCUUCCCUCACGUUUUGGGCGUAUUUCUCACCGUCAAACUGGCAGCCAAGUACCCUCACCUGCAGUGGUUCUACGGCGCUAUAGGCAUGGUGUUCAUAGGAGCGAGCUCCUGCACCGUGCCCGCCUGUAAAAACUUUGGACAGCUCAUGAUCCCGCUGUGCGGAAUCUGCUUCGGCAUCGCCUUCGUGGACACGGCGCUCCUGCCGACGCUGGGGUUCCUGGUGGACGUGCGCCACGUGUCCGUGUACGGCAGCGUCUACGCCAUCGCGGACAUCUCCUACUGCGUGGCCUAUGCGCUGGGGCCCGUGGUGGCCGGACAGAUAGUGCACGACCUGGGCUUCGUCCAGCUCAACUUGGGCAUGGGCCUCGCCAAUGUACUUUACGCGCCGGCGCUCCUCCUGCUGAAGAACGUGACGAAGAUGAAGCCCUCUUUCUCCGAGCAGAACAUGCUGCUGGAGGACGGCCCGACGGGACUGUACGACACGAUCAAGAUGGAGCAACGGGAGAAGAAGAGAAAGGGCUUGUGUACGACGGUCGACGACGGUGGCAUCGGAACCUUGGCGCAACGGUCGUACUCAGAGGAGGAAUCCUCGGGAGGAGAGUAUGCGUAAAAAAGACCUUUAACUGAGUGUAAAACUAUCAAAGUGCCCAUCUAGAGUUGUGUGCGUUCCGUCUGAUCAAUUGCAUAACAUGAUUAGGAUUGUGUAACAACAUGAAUUAUGUACUGCUCCUGGUGACAGUCCCUCCGGGUAUUGUCAAAUCAAGUAUAGCUUCAAGCUUUUGCAGUAGAGAGAGGCGCUCGCCGGCGUGUGUUCAUUACUUAAAGUGAGAGUAUGUGAAAGAUUUGUUGAGAUAAAUGUCUACUGCAUUAAAAAUAUUUACCACUAUAUCAGAAAACAGACUCACAUCGUAUUCAGGGACUCUGUGUAAAUGUAUUUUAACUAAAAGAGCAAUUAUAAGGUAUGCGUCUUUUCAUGUAAUGUGAAUUAUUUUCGCCAGAGUUGUGCUAUACACUCAAUAUGCAAUACUGCGUGUGUGUCAAACACACACACACACACACACACACACACACACACACACCAGUUUUAAGAAAGAUAAACGGGAUGGAAAUGAGUGGAAAUCUGCGUCUUGUCGUUUGUUUUUAUUUUUGCUUAUUUUUGGAUGAUGUACUACUGGAAUGCAACGCCUCACUGUAUGAUCUGCGACUGUACAUACGUGUAUAUUCAUGUACAUAAUUAAAUGCGUAUUAUGUGAAUGCCACCGUU